CGCUGUGAUGAAUCCGGCUGCUCUCUCAUCCCUCGGACACCUCAAAUCCAUUUCUCUAACUGCACGAAGACGUUGCCAAAACCCAAAUGCAACCAGUACGUGGAAGGAGGAUUGUAAAACAUCACACCAUGCUUGAAUCCAGAAACUAUGAGUGACGGUCCGGCGUGUUGUGAAGCUGCUGUGUCGCUCUGGCGGAUGGGAAGUUGUGAGUCAGAGCCGGAGGACCAGCAACUUUUAUAGACUUUGUAAGUCCACCGCCUGCGAGUAGCCAGAAGCCCCAAUUUAGACUUCUUUGACUCAGGGAUUGUGCGUCUGGAGAGCUUUGACAUUAGACCAGUGUUUUUCAGGUUAUGUGUUGUCGAAGGCGUCUUGAAGCGACACGGAAAUUGCAUUUCUCUGAAGAAGAGGUCUCUGGUUUUUGUGGUUGACAAUGGAGAAUAAAUGAAAGGGACGUUUCCCGGGAUUAAUUGACUGCACAACGACAGAAUGCGGAAGAGGGACCUACAGAGCAUGUGCAGAAGGGCGCUGCUGCUGACCGUCUGUAUGGUGUCUCUCUGGGGACAACUGACCAGUGCAUCGUCACACAGAAGCCACAUAGUUCAUGUGAAAGCGGGAACCUGCGAAGUAAUUGCUGCACACCGAUGCUGCAACAAGAACAAGAUCGAAGAGAGAUCCCAGACUGUCAAAUGCUCCUGCUUUCCUGGACAGGUGGCGGGUACAACAAGAGCGGCUCCAUCUUGUGUAGACGCAUCGAUAGUUGCACAGAAGUGGUGGUGCCAGAUGCAUCCCUGCAUGGACGGAGAAGAGUGUAAAGUGCUGCCAGAUCUCAAAGGAUGGAGCUGCAGUACAGGAAACAAAGUUAAGACAACCAAGGUCACACGAUAGUCGUCCGUUUCCAGGAUAACCUUGUUUGGAACCAGAUGUUUCUUUGACCAACACCAUAGGACAUUUGGAUAUCAUGUGUUUUGAGGAUUGGUGGAAGCCAGGGACCAACAAGGACAAUAAUCAUGGACAUUCCACUGAAUGAAUGGAGGAGAAGGACAAGGGAGCAUCAUACAAGACUACAUAUCCAAAAAGAUUCCUGACUUUAGAUCCAGCAUCAACAGUAGCUGUCUCUGAACUCUACUGCCCACCAAAUUUCUCUUUGUAUUAUAGUUUUAUUCCCAUGGACUAGAAGACUCUACCAUGAAGAUAAUUAUUGAUUUAAAGACUGUGGGUUACACAAGAAAAAAAAAUCACCCUUAAAACAAAACCAUGUGAUGUGAAGCUUUUGUGUUAUUUUCUUGCCACAAAGAACCCCAGGACUCUUGAUGCAUAUCUGUGUUGAAGAUCUAGUGAGAUCAUAAGCAUUUUCAUUCCUUUUAGCCUUAUGGAGCAGAUAUCUCUUCUGUUUCUUUUUUUGUUGAUUCAAAACUAUCAAGUGUUUGGCUUUCUUAAGUUUGUUAGGACGCCAAGUCUUCUUUUCAAAGCCAAAAGACGAUAUCACAACAAUAAAACCCAGAAAAAUGUAACAAUGUUUGACUACAAGUCACCAAUAGUCAACACAGCUGAGUUCUGCCAAAAUGUUUUAAUGGUAUCUGUUGUUUUCAA